CACCGCGCUCACUCUUCACCAACACCAGAUGACAGACGAAAUACCAGAACCAGCGCCGUACGGGGGUUUGCUUGUGCAAAGUAUCGAGGACGAGAACGACAGAGCGAAGCGGUUGGCCGAACAGACCGUGGACGUCUCUGUCAAUGGUACCUCCGAGACUUUGAGACCCGAAGCCAUCCACAUUCGUGGUGUCAACUCGUUGUCCACCAAAAACAUCGAAGCGUUUAUCAAUUACUACGUCAACUACGUGGUGACGACCGAAAACAACGAGGAGUCGGGCCUCCCGACCACCACGUAUACCCCGGUGCUGGGCGAUGCUCAGCGUAAGUUCAGGGUUCAGUGGAUUAACGAUGGUGCGGUGAACAUUGUGUUCACCACCCACGAAGAUGCUACCCACGCCCUCGACCAGAUAUCCAUCACCGGAGCCAACCCCGCGGUGGUGCCAAUGCCAGUGAUCUAUCAGGUGAACUUGUUGGUGCAAGAGAGAGAAACCAAACCAUACACCCCGGUGAUUGAGUUUCAAAAGCGAACCACAUUGGCCCAUCGGUUGGGGGUGGAAACAGAGACGCUGGAGGCCCAAACCUCGAACAUGGACGAAGACGAGUCGGCGGUGGUGUUGUAUGCCAGGCUUAGUUUCCAGUCAGAUAGAAAGGUGAAGAAUGCGGCGGUGUAUUCUCGGUACUAUUUAUUGCACGGAGAACCCGAGAGAAGACCCCACAAAAAGAGACCCAUCAAUCCCAAGAAACGUCGUCAUCAACGUGACUACAGUGAUGAUUUGUUUGCCGAUAAGCUUCAGGCUCGAGCCAGGCCAAGGGGACGGGAAGAAGUGGAAGACCUUUUCGCAGACGCAAUGGCUCGUAUAGACCGGUCAAGAAGCCCUACAAGAGACAGAUCUCGCUCACCCAUGAGGGACGAAUGAUUAGUGUAUAAUAGAAAAUGAUAUUAAGACU